AUGAUAUUAAAUAAAAAUGUAAACAAUAAUACAAGUUCAUCUUUUGCUGAUUUCAAUAAAAAUCAAAUCUCAACAACUGAUAUAUCAACAUUAACAAAAAUUAUUGUUAAUCCUUUAAUAUGUUUAUAA